AAUGGCAACAUCGAGCAGCGCGAGAAAAAGAUUGGCGCCAAGGUUUUGCUGGACUGUGGCGCUACGACGGUCUAUGUGUCACGCAUGUUUGUGAAGAAGCAUGAGCUGAAGACGCAUGUGUACACAGACCGAACGAUCAAAGUGAAACUGGGAGACAACAACUUUGGGGAAGCAGUCUUGGAGCUAGCGACGAUAACUGUUCGCCUC